AUGAAAUUUAGUAGUCUUCUGUGUAAUAACUUGCUUUUGCUGGCAUCAGCAUGCUAUGCUGGAAAAUUCAAAAGUUUUUCAGAUGGAAGCAACUCCUCAGACUCAAACAUUCAACCUAAGUGUUUCAAAUCUGAAUACAACAUCUAUUCUGCAGGCGAUCUAGCUGCAAUUUCUGAUUGUACAGUACUUUCUGGUAGUCUUCAUAUUUCUCACUUUGAUUCAGAUGCUAUUCAUUUGGGAUCAAUCAAAGAAAUAAAAGGUGAUUUCACUGUGAGAAACAUCAGUAAUUUGAUCCGGAUAGAGGCUACAUCAUUAACAUCCAUUGGGAGUGUCUUUGAAUUAAACACAUUGAACUCUUUGACAUCCUUAUCAUUUCCUAAAUUGGAAAGUGUGGAAACAAUGAAAUGGCAAGUGCUUCCAAUUCUAACUUUUGUGAAUUUGGAUACAGGUAUCAAAACUAUUAACUCGGUCAUAAUGUCCGAUACUUCGCUUACAGGUUUUGGUGGAUUCAACGUUGAAACUUUGAAAACCAUGAGCAUCAACAACAAUAGAUUUUUAGAAAGAAUUGAAUCAACAGUCUCUGAAGUUACUGGAGACUUGUUGAUUGCAGCAAAUGCUCGAAACAUCAAAGUCUCCUUACCAAAUUUGACAUGGGUCAAGUCUAUGACGGUGAAGGAUACUGAAGCCAUCAAUCUUGAGAGCUUACAAGUUAUUGAAAAAAGUGCAGAUUUCAGCAACAAUAAGUUUACCACACUACACAUGCCAAAAUUGAAAUCAACGGGUCAUACCUUGAGUAUUAUUAAUAACAAAAACUUGGAUGACAUCGAAUUCGACAAUCUUUCCGAAGUUGGCGGUGGCUUGAUGAUUAUUGACAAUGAAAAAAUCAAAAAGAUUGACUUUUUCCCUUCGUUGAAGAGUGUUGGUGGAGCGAUUGAGUUUCAUGGCGAUAUCAGAAGCAACCAUUUUGAUGAUUUGAAGAUUAUUAAGGGUAGCGCAAUUCUUAAAUCGUCUUCUGAUGUAUUUGAUUGUGGCGAAUGGAUGAAAAAUGAGGUCGGAAAAGUUGUCAGAGGUGGUAAAGUCGAAUGUGGUUCUGGAAAGUCUGAGAAAACCGAAGUUAUUUUAGUUGAUGAAUCUGGUGAAAGUACACAGGGAGAGCCAGGUGUCAACGAUAACAAUAAAAAUGUCUCCAGGCACGAAAGUUCGAUAAAGCAGAAGAGUGAAGCAAACAAAAGCAGAUUUUCUGCCAAACUUGCUCUGGUAAUUGCUGCAUACUCAUUUGGUAUACUGCUACAGAUGUUGUAA